AUCAGCAUCCAGCAAAGUGUUUCAGUUGCUAGAUUUUGAGCUUUUAAUUUAAACAUUUAACAUCAGGGAUUUGCAGUAUGGUGGCCUACACAUCUGCACCAAGUGACAUGGAGAUGGGUCUUGAGCAGAGGACGGUGGUCUUGGUAGAAAAGAAGUCCUCCACAGAACGGAUAUUAAAGUUGUCUGUGGCCCUUCUUGUCGUGGCCCUUUGCGUAGGGGGCAUCCUAGUGUUUGCUUGGUACUGGAGUGGAAGGCCAGACAACAUGACGCAACCAGGCCACACAGAUGCGCUGAUCGACAAGGACACAGCUGAGAAAACAGAUCCCCACACCACACUGAAGCGAUUCAGCAGCAAAGCCAAGGCAGCCAUGCAUCUAGAAGGGAUCUACGAAGAAGGUGAAAGUUUGAAAGACCAGUUGGAGUGGAGAAGCGGUCAAGGUCAAGCGUUCGCUCAGGGCGGCUUUCGACUGGUGAACAACCAGAUAGUAAUCCCACAAACAGGACUGUACUUCGUCUACAGCCAGGCGUCGUUCAGAGUGUCCUGCAGCGAUGGCGACGAGGAGGGAGCGGGUAAAGGCCUCACACCUCUCAGCCACAGGAUCUGGCGCUACUCAGACUCCAUUAGCAGCAAAGCCUCUCUGAUGAGCGCCGUGAGGUCGGCUUGCCAAAACACGGCACAGGUGGACAGCUACAGAGAUGGACAGGGGUGGUACAACGCCAUUUAUCUGGGCGCAGUGUUUCAGCUGAACAGAGGAGACCGACUGUGGACGGAAACCAACCAGCUAUCAGAGCUGGAGACCGACGAGGGACGGACCUUCUUUGGUGUGUUUGCACUUUGAAAUUACUCUAUGCUGUGAUAGUAACAGAUACGAUACAAAGCCAUAAGUUCUGGCAUUUUAUUUUUACAUUGUGUAUUUUUUUUCUUACAUUUGAUAUUAUUCAUCUCCAUGGUGAUGUAAAACUGUUUAAAUCUCAAUGGAGAUAAACUUGUAGCCGAACAGGCAGUGCAGACUUUUUUUUUAAAUCCUAUAAACUGUAACAGUUUGCAACAUUAUUUAUAUAUUUUAGGCGCUUUUUGUACAUUAUUUAUGCUGACCUGAGAUUGUAGGCUAGACUUUCUCUGCUGUACCGGAUACAGACACAGCUCUUCACUGAAGAGAUUAUGUUCAAGAGUUAUGUACACAACUAUUAUCACAUGUUUGUAUUUAUUUGUAUUUAUUUGUAUUUAAAUUGUUU